GGGUGAUGAAUAAAAUCAACUUUGAACAAUAUGUGAAGAAUGUUAGGUGUUACAAAUACCAAACACUUCCGGCACACUUCUUUAUUAAAGCUAGUAAAAGAAAGGAACAACGAAAGAAAAAAAGGUGCUAUAGAUGUGCCAAAGUGCACCGGAAAAAUAGACGAUAUUUCUACAGGCAAUUUAUUGAAAAUAAAAGGGAAGAUGCAAGAGUAGAACUUGAAGAUGACUACGAUAACGGUUGUGAUGAAAGUGAUAUUUCGGAUAACCAGCCAUAUAUAGACGUCUCUCGACAAGGAUUUACUUACAAGAUAAUGGACGGAGGUCAAGAUGUUUUUGAGAAGUAUCGUAUAGGGUUGGCAGGUAUAUAUGAACCUAUGACAAGAAAUAAAAGAGAUACAGUUAGUGAAUUGGAAAAAGGUUUGACCAAUUUAUCACCCUUGAGGCCAUUAACGGAUGAAGUAUUCAUUAUGGUUGGAGAUUCAUUUUCUACUGAUUGUUCUUAUCCUGAUGAUAUGCAGAGUCAAUCUGAUUUUGUUUGGACAACAGAUCGUGAAAAGAUGCUUACGGUCGGCAACGUGUUUAUGAAUGGAUCUAAAAUAAUAAUUGAAAAUGCUCAAACAAGAAAUUUCGGGACGUAUACUUGUUAUAAACACAAUGUCGUUGUAAGAAGUGUCAAACUAAAUGUGGUAGAUGUUCCAAACUUUAAUAUAGUUUUCAUACAACUUUACACACAAACAGUCUCUUCGACUUGUUCAUAUGACGAUUUAAGAGCGAUACAAAGUCUUGGUUUGAUAAUGACACAAUUGUUGUGCGGUAAUUACUGUUCCGUGAGGAUAGACGAACCGGUUUGCUUAAGAGAUCGGGUUGACAACUCAUCUCUGAUGCGUAUAGUUCCCGUAAUAUCGUUUGAUGCGUCAUUUAGUCUAAGCUGCUCUGUAGAGUGUCAAAGAGAUUUAAAAUGUUCUCUAGCUCUGCUUAUUGCUAAAAAUGCUCCAGCAUUAGCAACGAUUCCAGUUAUUAUGCUCCAUAAUGAGGGAUCAUUGUUAGAGGAAAUAAAGACCUGGGAACCGUCUUUCCAACAACAUGAGUACUUUGUUACACAUACGCUAAGGAGGAAAGAUUCAAACGGUCACACCGAGUACCAUACGCUGGCAUCUUAUACGGAGCCUGCGACCGUUCACGUCAUCAUUCUUUGUCCAGCUGGCUUCUUCUUAGUGGCUGCGCAGAAGAUUUGCAGCAUAUGUCCGCCAGACUCUUAUUCAACAGAGGGCACAAACACAUGUAUCCCAUGCGCAAAGGGUUGGACAUCCGACCCAGGGUCUCAAUCCUGCCAUCUAUCAGUACAACGUCUCCGUCGUUCAGCAUGGCAGUGGGAAUCAUUAAUGUUGUUGAUUAUUAUCACAAUACUGAGCUUCUUAACGUGUUAUGGUGUGCUAAGAAUCAUACGUAGUAUUGCAGUAUUUACUAUGACACACGAAAAACUGGAGAGGAAAAGACCUAAGAGAACUGAAGCACAGUAUAGUAAUUUUCGUGAAAUAUCCCCUUCGAGGGUUAUUCUGAAUCAACUGCUUCGAGUAUCAUCCAUUCCACGUGCAACAGAUUUCCAAGAAACCCGUAGAGAAAUUUGGAAAGAGAAAAAGCCGCAUCCUCCAUUACCACCCAUAGAUUUCGAUUUAUAGAAUUAAAAAUUGUUCCUAUCAUUAUACAAUAUUUAAUUUAAAAAUGCUGUAUCACAUGAUUUUGUUGAAAGUUGUAAAAUGAAACUUACUUUAGAUACACGAGUAAAUAUACGGGUAGGUUUUCAGAACUAGGACAAAAUAUAUCGAUAGCGGAUUUAAUCAGGUUAGUUAUCAUUAAUAUGGAUGUCAUUAAAAUAAUCCAUAAUGUUUUGUAGAAUAUAUAUAUUAUGUUUACGAGUGUACGUUAUUUAUGCUUUUAGAUAUAGGGUGUAUGUAAGAGAGUACCGUAGUACUGGUAAAUAUUUGUAAGUGGGUUUUUCUUUGUAAGUCUAUGGUUUAAG